AUGGAAAUAGAAAAGAUUCAGGUUCACUAUGAGCCAUUGGGCCAGGACCCGGAAAACCAGACAAAGGUAAGAGCGAAGACAUCAUCUUGGACACGGGCCUGGGUCUUCCUACUCUGCAGCGUAUUUGUCAGUGGCUGGUUCCUGCGGCCACACUGUCACCACGCCCGUCGGACUACCAGCAUCAAGGAUAGAGUGCACAAUAUUCUGACUCAAACCCCCCUAAUUGACGGACAUGACGAUCUCCCUAUUUUCAUUCGGUCAAACUACCAAAAUCACAUCUAUAGCAAAGGUUUCACCAAUUCUUUUGUUGAUGGCACUCUGCCUAUGCAUGUUGAUCUGCCUCGCCUGAAGCAAGGUCAUGUCGGCGGCACUUUUUGGAGUGUCUUCGUGCCUUGCCCGGCGAACUGGACGGACUUCUCAGAUGGAAACUAUGCGCCGAGUGUGAGGGAAACAAUGGAACAGGUUGAUUUGAUGUCUCGCAUGCAGAAAGCUUUUCCUAAUGUUUUCUCAACACCCCCAAAUGGCACUACCGCAUUAAGCGCCUUUGAGAGGGGAAAGAUUAUAUCUCCACUGGGUAUUGAAGGGCUGCAUUCAAUCGGCAAUUCUCUAUCCCAUCUUCGUAUUUUCUAUGAAUUGGGCGUCUCAUAUGCAACCUUGACGCAUAAUUGUCACAAUCGCUACGCAGAUGCUGCAGUCGUCGAGUUACCGGGCGGAGGAAUUAAGAAAUCUAACCCCCUCUGGCAUGGAGUUAGUCCCGCGGGACACAAGUUGAUUCUUGAGAUGAACCGCCUCGGGAUGAUCGUUGAUCUGGCCCAUGUGAGCGUAGAUACCAUGCGUGACGUUCUGGGCGCGGGCAAGACUGAAUGGACCGGCAGCCAAGCUCCGGUUAUCUUCAGCCAUAGCUCAGCUUAUGCACUCUGCCCACAUCCACGCAAUGUACCAGAUGAUGUUUUGGAACUGGUCCGUGAGAAAAAUUCAAUUGUCAUGGUCAACUUUGCGCCUGACUUUAUCUCGUGUGUGGAAUCUGGUCGCGAUGACGGGCUGCCUGAUCUUGAUGCUGAGAAUGCGACUCUGGAUCGUGUGGUGGAUCAUAUUAUGCACAUUGGAUCUGUUGCUGGAUUCGAUCAUGUAGGAAUCGGUAGCGACUUUGAUGGUAUCGGGACAGUGCCUCGCGGUCUGGAGGAUGUGUCAAAGUUCCCUGAUUUGAUUGCGGAACUUCUUCGCCGUGGAUUAAGUGAUGAGGAUGCUGCCAAAGUGGCAGGUGGUAAUAUACUACGUGUUUGGAGGGAUGUUGACAAAGUGGCACUCCAAAUGCAAGCUGAUGGGGUGUCUCCUGUGGAAGACGAUUCCCAAUCUCUCUAG